AUGUCAACUCUGGUCGGCGGUUUACGAAUGGAAAACUCCAAUUUGUCGAGUCUCUCGUUUUUAACACCUGACAAAAAUAAUGAGUUUAGACUUGGGUGUCAGCCGAAUGGGUUCAUCAUUGAGAACAACUCUCAACUCACCGAUAUAGGAGGUCUCCAAAAUAUGAGGCCUUUGAUGUUCGAGAGCUUGAAUAUGUGCAAGUUUCGAAUAGUUAACAAUCCAAAGUUGGACCUCGAGAGUUUAUGCUGGAGCUACCAACUGAUAGAUUUGGUUAACUUAACAACAGAAGGGAACUUGAAGAAUUGUGGGUGCCAAGGAGACCAAAUAAAUGCCUCUUCUCUAUCUAAUUACCAAAGCUGCACACGGUUUUACAACGGAUUAGUCUUACAUAAUAUCACGAAAACCACCGAUUUAUCACCUCUAUCGAAUGUGCAAACCGUAUUGGGAAAGUUAGAAAUUCGAAACUCCAAUAUUCAAAAUUUGUCAUUUUUGACAAAUCUGAAGUAUUUCAAAGUGUAUGCAGAGUCGGAAAUCAUUUUCAAUUUGAAAGACAAUCCGGAGAUGACAAGGCUUGGACUUUCAGCAUUAGAAGAAUUCGAAAAUGUUAACUAUGAAACAUAUCCGUUUCAAACCGGCAAUAUUGAAAACUUGCAUCCCGAUUUUUGUCUAACUGAAGAUGAAUUUAACUUUUUUGACAGUUUUCAUUUCAUUAACCUUCAUGCCAAAGCUUGCGAGUUUGAUGAACAAGGCCUCUGUUAUUUUGAAUCUAUGGACAAAUUGCCAAACAACUGUCUCACUAUAAUUGGUAACCUGGUGAUUGAGUCUGGCGAUGAGGAGCAUAUUAACAAGCUGAUCAGAGUGUACACUCUAUUUGGUACUUUGAUCAUUAGGAAUACUCAACUGGUGGAUUUCAGUUUUCUGCCCAAACUGACUCUCAUUAUUUCUUUGAAUGAUACGCUGCCGGUUGUUCAAAUUCUAUCCAAUAAGAACUUAACGAAUCCGAAAAUCGGCUCCAGUGUCAGGGUAAUGUAA